CUCAUGAAGAUACAGUGGUUGUUGUUUAUUGCCGCUGCAGCCGCUUCCAUCGUUGACACCGAAACAGACCUCAUCUGUUCUCCCCAAAAUCCCACCGAUUGCUACCCACGGAUCUUUGUGCCUACAUCGGAGUGGCAAAACAUCCGAGAGGGCCAGGACAUUCCCGCCGGAUUACAUGUUCGUUUGAAUAUCGACACACUACAGAGAGAAGCUAAAUUAAUGGAACCGGAACAAGCAAAUAGUGAUUCUGAUUCUGGCAUAGUACUAGUGCCAGGAGAAGAAGUGCACGACGUUCCGGAAGACUUGGCUCAGGACGAGAUCCAGAGAAAGAUCAACGAGUUCAGACAGCAGAAGCUCCAAAAACAGGCGGAACCUUAUCAGGAUCAGAUAAACCAUGACGAUUUGACAAGUUUUGAUUCAGCAGUAGCAGAAAUCAUUUCAUUCUCGGGUGACAAUAGCCGUCUUUCACAAGCUUUAGAUACAUUGAUCGACUUGAGUCACGAUAUCGAGUUUGGUGUAAAGUUGACAGCUUCCAGAGACAUUUUUGACAGUUUGCUUGAGAUAGGCCAGUCCCACAAAGACGACGAAAUUACAGAGAAAGUCUACCGAAUCAUGGGUGCCUCCUUGCGUAACAAUCCCGAUUCGGUCACGAACCUCUUACGCAACCUGGAUGGAUCAUUUGUGGCCGCUUUGUUCUCGAACUUGUCUACUCAGAAAGAUGUUAUCCAGAAACGAAUCUUGGGAAUUAUCCAGGGUCUAGCUCAGAAUAGUCAUUUUGCCUAUGAGUACUUUUCUCAUAACAAAAACCACGGCAUAAGCAACUUGAUAUCAGUGUAUCCGCAAUUGGGCCCGGAUUCUCGUGAACGUUGUGUAAAUAUACUAGAAGAUUUGAAUCUCUUGUCUCGUGAUGAUUUCGAUAGAAGAGCCGUAGAAGAGUUCAACAAUGCUGAUCUCCAAAUCUCUCGUUUUUUGCAAGAGUCUUUGUCCAGCAACGAGAUAACUUCACCAAUUCAAUUCAGAACAUAUUUUGACAACUUGGUAACCCUCCAUGAGCGCAAUAAAGAAUUGAAGCCUACGUCUGAUUUCUUGAAGUGGCUAGCAACUGAGGUCGAAACCAGAAAGAGCUACAAGAAGAGAGAAGACUACCCUCAACAAGAAAAAGACUACGAUGAAAAGAUGCUCCACGCUAGACAUGUCGUCUUUGGCAAUCCUCUAGGCUUGCGUAAGGCUAUAGCCGAUGAAUUAUAG